AUGGCGGGGCCGAGCGCGGGGUUAAAGCCUUCGUCGUCGGGUUCGGGGAGCCAUAGCUUCGCAUCGAAGCUCCUGCUGCUGCUCACAGCGCUGCCGUUGACCUUGGCAGCGCUUGCCUUCGUGCUCCAGUGGAGGGGAGGGGUGGACGACCCGGCCGCGCGAUGGCCUGCGGACGCUGAGCUUUUUCCAGGAAUGGAGGUUCCUCAGUCUUCUACUCCCCCAUCCAUACCGUCUUCUCAGCACGUGUCCUCCUCGGACUGUGCGGAUAUUCUCGGCCAGGGCUCGUCGUCUUCUAUCUCUUCCUACAACGGCUUGAUGUCCGAUGCCAAUUCUGACCUGCAUCCCAAGGUGAGGUUUGAGAUUCUCUUUGGAGUCGAUUUAUACACGUGGUACGCCUGGGGAUCUGAUUGAUCUCGUAGGGACGGAGACGAGGGAUUGAUAUAUCGGCGGGAUCAGUAAAUGGUCCAAAGAUUGUUGGAUUAUUUUAUUGACUUUAUUUUUCACGUUCGGUAUAAGGGACAUCUUCUUCAUCAUCUUCUUCUUCUUCCCGGCUUCCUCAAGAUAUUUCUAUCCGGCUACCCUAACCCCGAUAAACGAUAGUGUUAUUAUUGGGUUUCCUGUGCAUUCACUUUCCUCCGUUCUGGGUGUCAACUAGGGUUAGGGAAGUCAAUCAGUUCGGGAACGUAUUGUAUAUUUUAUUUUCCUAGCUUUCAUUUACGAAACAAUGAACUUAAACACCACUUGUCUCGCUGUAUCAGAAUAUUAUCCUUCAUAGAUCUCUUGAUCAGUCAGUCUAAUGUGUCUAUUUCUAGUGGAGGGGCCUUUGUCGUUUCAAAUCGAUCCAUGAGAGAGACCUAUCUUGUUUCAGAAUUUUAGUCCAUUUGACGGUUGAGGUAAUAAUGUCUGUAUGGCUAAAGAUUUGUUAUAUUUUUGUGCAGAUAUGCAUCACAACAAGCACUUCAGCUGGUUUAGAGCAGAUUCUGCCGUGGAUAUUCUAUCACAAAGUAAUAGGAGUUACAACUUUCUUCCUGUUUGUGGAAGGAAAGGCGGCAAAACCCAAUAUAACUGCAGUUUUGGAAUCCAUCCCUGUAAGGCCGCUAUACCCUCAAAUUGAAGGAAUGGCUUAUUCUCGUUUAUGUAUUUUCCGUUUGGUCUGUUUUGUCCACUGCGUGUUUUAAGGUAGCACUGACUAAAAACAUUCUUCAGGGAGUGAAAGUGAUCUAUAGAACUAAAGAACUUGAAGAGAAACAGGCAAAGAGGUCAGUUAGCUUCAUGCUUCAAUUCUCUUCGUAUCUUAGUUGAAAACCUGAUUGCCUUUUUUUGUCCCCUAAAGAUACAAAUUGUAGAAAUGGCAUAUGCUAAUAAAUGGACAUUCAUCUUUACCAAGCUAUGGUUUGUACCAUGCGUUUGUGGUUCAACAUAUUGAAGACCAUAGUUUGAUAUUCUGAUAUAUUCUGCAGAAUUUUCGUAUGCUGGAUUGGUUUAAGAGUUGUAUUUUGUCCGCCUUUAAUAAAGUCUUGUAUUGAUUGUAUUUCCUAUUUUAGUUGUCUCAUAUAAAACUUCCUAGUGACGUAUCUAGUUUACGCUGGAUGUCUAUUUGAAGUGCUUAAAGCUGAUUUUGAGAUUAACUUCACCUACGAAUCUAUCGGACUCAAACGUUUCGUAUACCGAUCUGGCUUGAACGUUUAUCGUAUAAUUUCUGCUGUAUUUGAAGUACUAUCGUGGUGAAAAUCAAGUUGAUAUGAUCUAUAGCUAGUAGCACAGACCAAGUUAAAUGGCGAGCAUACCUAUUCUCCUUCCCUGGCAUUUUAGUGAACUACUUUGCUAGUUACGCGUAUCAUUUAGCACUAGAUCUUUCUUAAGAGAGACUCAAAUGUGGUGCAUCAUUACUUUUUAAAGAAACCUGCAUCAUCUAAGAAGGGUUAAUGAAAUGUUUAGACCAUUUGUACAAAGGGAUUUUCUAAGGGUGUACUGAGGCUACAUGGUUACAUCUUUUUUUCUUUAGAACUUUAAUGGAUUCUUACGGUCCUGAUGUCACUGUUUUCUCUUUUCUGACUGCAGCCGAAUCUGGAAUGAGACCUGGCUUGCAAAUUUUUUCUACAAGCCUUGCAAUUACGAAUUAUUUGUGAAGCAAUCACUUAAUAUGGAGAUGGCUAUUAUAAUGGCACGGGUAUGCACGUUAUUUUGUUGGUUUGUCAUGAUCUCCACUGUGUUUCAUUAAUUAGUGUUUGGGCUGUUCUUUUCCGAAUAGUUAAUACUUGAUUCAUUUUGUAUUGGUUGAUAUUUACUGUCUGUAAAGCUUUUCCAUUGCGUUCAGUCUCAUUCUUUGUUUUUUCCUUGUCUGGAAAUGUGUUGAGAAGACCGUAACAUGCAUUCUCUUUCUCCUGGCAUAGGAUGCUGGUGCGGAGUGGAUUAUUCAUCUCGACACUGAUGAGCUAAUGUACCCAGCAGGUGCUCGGGAAUACUCUUUAAGGCAGUUGUUAAAGGAAGUUCCUCGGAAUGUUGAUAUGGUUAUAUUCCCAAAUUAUGUAUGUGCUACUGUAUCUAGAUCUUGAAAACAGUUACUUCCUGUCACAAGUUUGAUUCAUCGGGGCUUAUUUUUUCAGGAAAGUAGCAUUGAACGAGAUGAUAUUAAGGAUCCUUUUAGUGAGGUAAUAGCCCAUGCUUUAUUCACAAAAAUUUGUCAGAUAAUGAGUUCAUGAUUAAUCUCUCUUCGCAUUUAUAUCUUGUUAACUAGUUUGUAGUGGAUGACUAUGAAGAAGAAUGAAAAAUACCCUCUGUUUGCAUGCCUCGAAUUCUCUCUCUCAACCCCCACAACCGAGUCAUCAAAUAAAAGAGAACAACCCACUGAAUCUGCCGUCAUAUUUCCUAUCCCUGAUCUCUCUCCCACGAAUUUUAUGGGUGGAGCUUGAAAACUCGUAUUGCAUUGUUGGGUUAACAAGUUAUGAUUUCGGAAUUGGCCUUGGUAACAGCAGGCUGUCCUGAUUUUUAGUGUUUUCUGUAGUGAGGUGCUUACAGUUAUUUAAAUUCCAUGUUUUGCUUUCUUUUAAGUUGGUACGAAGCUACAACUUUCUAGUUGGAAUACAAAAGAAACUAGUCCCAAGAUGGGUUUGCUGCUUUCAAAUUGGCUGCUUUGAUGAUGAACAUCAAAUUCAUGUCCAUUCUAUGUGGAAUAGUUCUGCACAGUUAUGAGAGUGAUGAUUAAACCUCUCCUUUAAAUAGUAUAAUAGAAGCUUUACUCAGUUGAGGGUGGGUGGGAGCCAAACUCCAUUUUUCUACCUGAGUCACUGCUUUGAUGAUUAACUUUUUCUUUUAUUUUGAAUCCCUUCAGAGAUCAUGGUAAAGACAUCUCACAAAAAGAAUGCAUUGAUGAUGAGGAGACUUUUAGUUUUUAUACUUUGAUUUUCACAUUUAAUAUUUUAUCUUUAUUAUCAUUAUUAUAUAUUUUUUCCCGAAAUUGGCCGACUUUGUUUGAUCCAGAAUGGAUGAAGGUCAGUUCCACUUCAACAUUUCAUGACGUCAAUUACCAGAAAGUUUUUGCCUCCCUAACCCACCAUUUGCGAGCUAUUUAUGUUAUUAAUGACCACCGACAACCUUGAAGGACAAAGACAGACUGAUUAGCUAUUUUUCUCUUACAAAUUCCACUGAAUAUGUGUAAAAUGGCUAGAUGUUCCUCGGAAUUGAUGACUCAUGUUGUUUCAUGCCAUUUAGAUUAGGUUUUGUUCUAUAUCUGUUAUUCUUUUGCUAUUUUUUCUGGUGUACUGAAGUAGCUAAACAGAUGCGUGUACAUUGCUCUGAUUAGUUGAUCUUUGUUAUCUCCUUCUUUACAGGUCUCCAUGUUCAAGAGGAACUACGAUCAUCUUCCAAAAGAAACUUAUUUCGGCAUGUACAAAGAAGCAACUCGUGGUAACCCGAACUACUUCCUGACUUAUGGGAAUGGAAAGUCAGCUGCAAGAAUCGUGGACCAUUUGCGUCCUAAUGGUGCGCAUAGGUGGCACAAUUACAUGAGAACACCAAAGUAAGAUGAGCUACCAUUUUAGUAUUUAUUUUCAUUGCUUUAUUUUACAUUUUUUACUCUUCUCGCCAUUAAAAAAGAAAAAAGAAAAAAAAAAGGUGGAGAUUUUAUUCCCCGCAGUUAAGCUGUAUUUUAUUUUUCUGUCAGCGAAAUAAAACUGGAGGAGGCCGCUGUUCUUCACUUCACAUAUUCCAAGUUUUCAGACUUGACAUCAAGAAGGGACCGCUGUGGUUGCAAGCCAACAAAGGAGGAUGUUAAAAGAUGCUUCAUGUUAGAUUUCGACAGAUCAGUACGUAUCUUAAGCCUUAUGAAAUGAUACUCACUUCUUCCUUGUACGUUCAUUCCCUAUCAAAUUAGGGUUUCUCUAUGCGAGUUGGUGAACAUUUUUAUUUUUAUUUUCGUUUGCUAUUUUCUCUGUUUAAUUGAUUUCGAUUGCAUUGGAUCCAUAUAUAUAUAUAUAUAUAUGGAUGCAUGACUCCGUAGGUCAUCUAUUACAUUUGGCAGACUGUCAUUGUACUUCAUAUGUUAGCCUUUCUGGAAGUCACUGAUUUCUUUUGCUUUGAAAUGAUUGUAAGUCAAGUCAACGAAGUUCACAAACCCUAACAUGAACAACAUGGGACUGGAUCUGUGAUCUGAGAUGUUGAGUGAUACCUAUCAUCUUCCUUUUUCCUUUUCCAUUUUUAGUUAGCCGCAUGAAUGUGUUUCGAGUGUUCUGCAUGAUUUGUGGGGAUUUUUCCUGUAUAGGCAAAUGCCCAGAAAGCAGCUUAGCAUCGUAGAUACGCUUCGGAUUGGCCAAAUCGUAUCCGUCUUGUCCCGUUGACUUCUCUGUGACGAGUGGCACAAGGAAGGGAUCGUUUUAGAGCUGACUUUUAUAAUUGCACAUAGAUUUAUCUUUGCGUUGACUCAUAAUCUAUUUCGUGGUCAAAUGGCAGGCUUUUAUCAUUGCCUCGACUGCCACCGAAGAGGAAAUGCUGCACUGGUAAAUCUCUUUUCGACAUCGUAUGAUAUAAAUAGUAAUCAGAUAAAGAUUUACUUUCAUCGUUGUCCCACAUCAGCUCAUGGAGUCGUAGGAUAUCGGAUUAUUUAGUUGCCCUUUUUAUAAAUGAUCUUAGAACACUCCCUGCCCGGUUGAUACCACCCACCCGUUGACCUGGAACCGCACCUCCUGCCGUUCCGUUCUUUUCAUUACACCCAUGGAUGAAAGGAAUCUGGGAUUGACCCCAUCCUGCUAGCCACGUUGACCGCCGUUUUUUGGGUAAGAUUUCUCCGGCUUACUUAUCUCUCUCGGUGUUGACCCGUGGCAGGUUCCGCGAGCGCGUGGUGUGGACCGACAAAACACUGAAGCUGAAGCUGCUGAGGAAGGGCAUUUUGACCCGCAUAUAUGCUCCCAUGGCAAGAACCAGCCAAUCUUCUUUUUUUUCUAAAAAAGGAAAUAAAAUAUCGGGAUCAUUAUGGAACUUUUUUUUCUUUUUUCUUUAAAAUUUCAGUUUCAUUUUGGGUUUUUUUUUGGUGCAGUCCAUCAUCCAUAGCUUGAGGGAAUCGGGCGUCUUCACCUCCGUCAUCGCCGCCGCGCGGAAUCAUUCCGCCGCCAGGGGCGCCACCGGCGCGGCCCUCGAUUCAGGUGGCGCCGCUGUCCUCAAGAGCGGCGCCGCCGUCGCGAGGGAAUCCCAGGCGGCGGCGAGGAGGGUCCUCGAGGCCCUCCCCGCCACCUUUCCGGCGGCCGUUCCGCCGUUGCCGCCGCCGUCCUUUGCAGACAUCCAUGCUGUGGCAUCAUGA